AGUGCGCAGGCGCGGUCCGACGUGGCCUGGGCCUGGCGGGGGCAGGAGGGUGUCUGAAUCUUGCAACAGCGAUUUCUCCGUGGGCUCUCGGGCUCCGAGCUGACCGCUGGCCUCCCGCGUGCCUUUGGAAGUGGUUCCUGGAAAAUAAAAAUUUUGUGGCCCACAGUAUAACCCUUCUGGACAAGGCUGCCGCAAAGCUUGUAUUUAUUUUGUAAAAGAUGGAGCAAGAACCAGAAAAUGGAGAGCCCGCUGAAAUUAAGAUCAUCAAGGAAGCAUACGAGAAGGCCUUUACGUUUGUUAAUAAAGGACUGAACACGGACGAAUUAGGGCAGAAGGAAGAAGCAAAGAACUACUACAAGCAAGGAAUCGGGCACCUGCUCCGGGGCAUCAGCAUCUCGGCUGCGGAGCCAGGGCGCACCGGCCCUGCGUGGGAGUCCGCCAGACAGAUGCAGCAGAAGAUGAAGGAAACGCUUCAGAACGUCCGCACCAGGCUAGAGAUCCUGGAGAAGGGCCUCGCCACUUCCCUUCGGAACGACCUUCAGGAUGUGCCCAAGUUAUACCCAGAGUUCCCCCCUAAAGACACGUGCAAGAAGUCCCCAGAGCCCGAGUCCCCGCAGCAUGCUGAAGUAGAUGGGGGUACCUCGGGUGCAGGCGCUGGGCCUUCUGCUCUGUCCUUACCCUCGCCCAGCUGCCCCGCGGAAGCGCCGCCAGCCUACACCCCGCAGGCUGCCGAGGGCCACUACACUGUGUCCUAUGGAACAGAUUCUGGGGAGUUUUCGUCUGUGGGAGACGAGUUCUAUAGGAGCCGUUCCCAGCCGCCCCCUCUUGAGACCCUGGGCCUUGAUGCGGACGAGCUGAUUUUGAUACCGAACGGAGUGCAGAUCUUCUUUGUAAACCCUGCGGGAGAGGUCAGUGCCCCGUCAUACCCUGGAUACCUGCGCAUCGUGAGAUUCUUGGACAAUUCUCUGGAUACAGUUCUGAACCGCCCUCCUGGGUUUCUCCAGGUGUGUGACUGGCUGUACCCUCUAGUCCCUGAUAGGUCACCAGUUCUGAAGUGCACCGUGGGAGCCUACAUGUUUCCAGACACCAUGUUACAAGCCGCAGGGUGCUUUGUAGGGGUGGUUCUGUCCUCUGAGCUCCCAGAAGAGGACAGAGAGCUGUUUGAAGAUCUGUUGAGACAAAUGUCUGACCUUCGACUCCAGGCCAACUGGGAUAGAGCAGAAGGAGAAGAUGAAUUCCAAAUCCCUGGGAGAGCAAGACACCCCUCUGAGCCACCGAAGGAAGCUUCUGGCACCGAUGUCAGGCAGUCGAGUUCUUCAGGUUCUUCAAUAGACCAAGGCAGCAAGGAAGCACGCCACAAAGGAAAGCGUGGGAAAAAGAGUAAAGAUACUUCAAGUGAAGAGGUGAAUCUGAGCCAGAUUGUGCCCUGUGAGCCGGGUUCAGAAGAAAAAGCGAAAGAACUUCCCGAAUGGAGCGAGAAGGUGGCCCACAACAUUCUGUCAGGUGCUUCCUGGGUGAGCUGGGGUUUAGUCAAAGGUGCUGAAUUUACUGGCAGAGCAAUCCAGAAAGGCGCUUCUAAACUCCGAGAGCGCAUACAACCAGAAGAAAAACCAGUGGAAGUGAGUCCAGCUGUCACUAAGGGCCUCUACAUAGCGAAGCAGGCUACUGGAGGAGCGGCGAAAGUGAGCCAGUUCCUGGUUGACGGCGUCUGCACAGUAGCAAGUUGCGUUGGCAAAGAGCUCGCUCCUCAUGUCAAGAAGCAUGGAAGCAGACUUGUUCCAGAGUCUCUAAAGAGAGACAAAGAUGGGAAAUCUGCCCUGGAUGGAGCCAUGGUUGUGGCAGCGAGUAGUGUUCAAGGAUUCUCAACUGUCUGGCAGGGACUGGAAUGUGCAGCUAAAUGCAUCGUUAACAAUGUGUCUGCAGAAACCGUACAAACUGUCAGAUACAAGUAUGGGCACAACGCAGGAGAAGCUGCACAUAAUGCAGUGGACUCCGCUGUCAAUGUUGGCCUCACUGCCUACAAUAUUGACAACAUUGGCAUCAAAGCCAUGGUGAAGAAAACCGCAAAGCAGACGGGACACACUCUCCUUGAGGACUAUCAGAUCACCGACAGCUCGCACAGGGAGAGGCGAGGAGCUGCAGCAAGCGCAGGUGUGAGAAGAGACACAGAGAAGCAGACGGAGGAAGAGAAGAGAGGGGCCAAGAAGAAAGAUAAGUAACAGGAGUUCUGCGAGUGCCCUACACCAAAGCCUUACCAGAUGGCGCGCGUGGAACAGAGGCGCGUUCUCUACAGAGGGAGCGGUGUUUGUGUGUGUUCAUUCCUACAGUGACAGUCAGAAGUUUGGGGCAUGUAUCCACUUACAAGCAAAAUAAUCAGUAUUCUUACAUCUGGCUUCUAGAAAUACGCAGUUUAUAGUCUCAGUAAGUUUAUUUUCCCUUAAAUGUAGCUAAAAUAUUUUUGCAGUUAAAAUAAAGCUUAUAAUAUAUGUGAUUUAAGCCUAAUGUCAAUCUAUUUUUGUAUGCGCUAGCCUUCAGAAAGCAAAGUGCGAAACUGUACGUGAUUUCACAGCCGCCUGAGUUCUGGUUACACUAGGAAGUGACUUAAUGUCAUCUCCUCUCGUUUGCACUAACUGUGGAUCUUUUGAGAUGCCCAACAGAAUGUUCAGCAUAUAAGCUAAACAAAACCGCGAUCAUAAAGCGUGAUCUCAUACACUUCAGAAGUCCUUCUCAAACAGGGAACAGCUUGCUUGGCCAUGAAGGCGCCAUGAAGGUCUGUAAUGUUAUUGCUUGUUUGCUGGCUCUCCUGCCUAUUGGAACCAAGAUGGCCUUGUGAUUUAAACUAAAUAAAAAAAUGCUUCUUUAAAUCUUUAGGAAAAUUUUUUGAUAGAAUUAUUUUUAUUCUUUGAGAAUUUUGUACAUGCAUAAAAUGUUUUGAUUGUAUUCCCCCCCUGUCCCAACUCCUCCCAGGCGCACCCCUUACCCUGACCAGCUUCAUGUUCUUUUAUCUAUGUGUUUAAAUAACCCUGUGACUAGUCCAGUUUGUGCUGCCCAUAUGCUCAUGGGUGUGGGGCCGCCCACUGGAGCAUGGUUCUUCUACCAGGGGCCACACUUGUGAAGAAAACUGACUUCUCCCCUCCCCAGAAGCUGUCAG